CAUUUCAUAAAAAACUCCGGAGAGAAAAGUUGUCUUUGCCAAAAAAAAAUCUCACAGUGAAUUUUUUAAUUAAACCAUUUUUAAGUAGGUACUCGAGUCUCGAACAAGCAGAAGGCACAGAAGAGGAUUAAAUUUACGUCUAUUCAAGAUCUAGAAACAAAUUUGUUUUCAGUUUUCUAUUUCUACAAGUACAGAUGGCUACGGAAGUACAAUCAGCCAAUACCAUGCCACAGUUGCAGUCCAUCCAGAAAGUGAUGGCGUUUCCAACAGUUGGAGCAGCUGUGGAACAAGUGGGUGCUCUAUACACAAGAGUUAAAGGUGCACAUUCACUACUGGAAUGGGCACUUUCAACGGCUGAGGCAAGUGUAACACGUGCAGCUUUCACGGCAGUGCCAUACGUGGCUGUGCCACUUGCGGCUGGAGACGCUAAGGUAGCUGCGGCCAUUGAUGAGCUGGAGCGCAGAGUGCCACUCGUCCAUGAGGAACCCAAAGUGAUUGUGGAGACCACAAAACAGGCUGUACUCUCAAAGUUGUCACCACAAAUAAAUAAGGUAUACGGGGCGCGAAAUGUGGCCGAGCAGCGCGUCAAGUCGCUUAAGGAACUGACGUGGACCAAGGCUAACGCCCUGCUGUCGACGGCGUACGGACAGAAGGCGAUACACAGCGUGGACACCGGCGCCAUGUACGCCAUGCGCCUGCUCGACCACUACCUGCCGCCCACACCUGAAGAAAUUGGCUCAUCCACUGAUAUGGUGGCAGUAGAGAGUGAUCCCGCCAUGCACACCGUCCAGACUGUGGGCCGGCUCAGCUCGGUGGCCGCUCGCCGCGUGUGGGCCAACCUGGCCGCGCGCGUCAACGAUCUCAGACAAGCUGGUGUGGAACUGGAUGUCCGUCGUUACAUCACCGCUCUGAUGGCGGCGCUGCACCUCGCCAAGGUGACCAGCGACCAGCAGACGAAGGAGGCACCGGCCGACACCAGCCGCAAGGCCGAGGCCGCGCCGACCGUCGAGUCGCCCCAACCGCAGAACGCCGCCAACACUCCCACCACCGUCCAGAAAGUCAAAUCCACCCCCGAAGCCAAGUCUAACGGAAACGAGUGAUUGUACUAUUUAAUUUUCUCUAUGCAUUUUAAUUGUAAUUGAAUCCACAGUGCCGAUAUAUGAAAGUAUAUCACCUUUGAUGGAUUAUAUAUUUUAAGUGAUAUGUUUAAUGAUUAAAUCUAUACUCAUGCAAUAUUAAUUGGUGACUGAGAGUUUUUGAUGUAUUUAAUCUUUUUAUAUUGUGAUUAUUUUUGUAAUGUAAUGAAUCUACAAAUAUAAAAUUUUUCUUAUAAUA